GCGACCUUCACCAGAUCGUCGGUCCAAAGGUUUCAUAUAUAAUUUUAUUUCAGGUCGUACCAAAAAUGAAAAUUAAGUCGGAGUCGUCUGAUGAAAAUCCGCCCUGGUUGGAACGUCGUCUGUCCAUUGAGCCAGAACCUCCUGAUGAGAGUCCCAAAGACACGCUGGCAGAACCAUCGCCAGAGAUAACCUUUCCUUCGGCUUCUCUCGAAUGCCGUCUGGUCACCGAGCCAGAACGGCUAAAUGAGAGUCCCAAAGACACUCAGGCACAACCAUCGCCAGAGAUAACCUUUCCUUCGCCCUGGCUUGAAAGCCGUCUGUUCACCAAGCCAGAACCUCCUGAUGAGAGUCCUAUAGACACGCAGGCACAGCCAUCGUCAGAGACAACGUUUCCUACGGCCUCACUCGAAUGUCGUCUGUUCACCGAGCCAGAAGAUCCUGAUGGGAAUCCCAUAGACACGCUGGAAGAACCAUCGCCAGAGAUAACCUUUCCUUUGCCCUGGCUUGAAAGCCGUCUGUUCACCGAGCCAGAACCUCCUGAUGAGAGUCCUAUAGACACGCAGGCACAACCAGCGUCAGAGAUAACCUCCACUUCGCCCUGGUUGAAAAGCCGUUUGUUCAUCAAGCCAGAACGGCUUAAUGAGAAUCCCAUAGACACGCAGGCACAACCAGCGUCAGAGAUAACCUUCCCUUCGCCCUGGCUGGAAAGCCGUCUAUUCAUCAAGCCAGAACCUCCUGAUGAGAAUCCCAUAGACACGCCGGCAGAACCAUCGCCAGAGCCAGAGAUAACCUUUCCUUCGGCCUCGCUCGAAUGCCGUCUGUUCACCAAGCCAGAACCUCCUGAUGAGAGUCCUAUAGACACGCAGGCACAAUCAUUGCCAUCAAUAACCUUUCCUUCACCUUGGCUUGAAAGCCGUCUGUUCACCGAGCCGCUAGCGUCGCCAGCAGUCAUCGAGAACUGGAGGCCACCGCUUAAAAGGUGCUCCUUUCGCACGUAUGCAAAAUGUUCAAAGACAUCAGCUAUUAAAGACCCGGGGAAAAAGAUCUGAAGUCCCAAUACCGAAGCUGGGUCUCCGUCCGCAGCAAGCGCUUUAAUCAAAUCAAAUCAAAAUAUUUAUUUGCUUUUAUGGGUUUUACACGUCAUAAAAACUAAAUAUU